AUGUCUCCUUCCAAGCUCGAGACGAUUUCCUUUGAUACAUUCGCCAACAUCGUCAACGGCCAAUCGCGUUCCUCAAAGACAACAUAUCAUGGCGUCGACCCUACCACCAAGCAACCCAACUGGCAAGCCCCCGUCGCCAGUGCCGAAGUUGUCGAAGACGCCGUUGCCGCCGCCAACAAGGCCUUUGAGCAGUGGAAGACUACGACCUGGAAAUUUCGCUCAGCGCGCAUGGUCCGCUUCAAGGAGAUCUUCGAGGCUUACAGGAGUGAAAUGGUGGAUUUGUUGAUCAAGGAGACUGGAAAGCCCCCAGCCGGAGCCACGAUUGAGUUCGACAGCUGCUUGGCGGUGUUUGACUGGCAUAUCAAGAUGGAGGAGCCCCAGGGUGAGGUUAUCGACACUCCGGAAAAACGUGUCGUCAACAGAUUCGUGCCGCUUGGUGUUGUUGCUGCUAUCUGCCCUUGGAAUUUCCCUCUCAUUCACGCUAUGGGGAAAGUGUUGCCGGCGGUUCUAAUGGGCAAUACUAUCAUUGUUAAGCCCAGCCCUUAUACUCCAGGGUUGGUCGUCGAGUUGGCCAACCAGAUCUUCCCGCCUGGUGUGAUCCAGGUACUGGGCGGUGACGAGAAAUUGGGCCCAGCGCUCAUCGAACACCCUCGUAUCCACAAGAUCGCUUGCACGGGGUCGACUGCUACGGGAAAGAAAGUCUUGGCUGCUGCGGCCAAGACUGUGAAGCGAUGUACAUUGGAGAUGAGUGGGAAUGAUGCGUCGAUUGUGCUGCCAGAUGCUGAUAUUGGGGAGGCGGCGCAGAAGAUUGCUCUGGGCGCUUUCAUCAACACAAGCCAAGUCUGCACGGCAACAAAACGCAUCUACGUGCACAGUUCGAUCUACGACAUCUUCCUGGCCGUAUUGGUACAAAUCGCGCAGAGCCUCAAGGUCGGCGCUCCUGACGAGGAAGGAGUUGUGCUCGGCCCGGUCCAGAAUGAAAUGCAGUAUGAGCGUGUCAAGCAUUUCUUCCGCGACAGUCAAGCUGCGGGCUACAAAUUCGCGCUUGGAUCAGGCGAUGUGGCCGACUCCAAAGGGUUUUAUGUGCACCCAACGAUCAUUGACAACCCGCCUGACGAGAGUUUGAUCGUGCAGGAGGAGCCCUAUGGGCCGAUCGUGCCGGUGUUGAAGUAUGAUGAUCUCGAGGAUGCGAUUCGUCGGGCGAAUGAUACGAAGUCCGGAUUGGGCGCGAGUGUUCACGGGAAGGAUCCGGAGGUGUUGGCCCAUGUGGCGGAACGAUUGGAGGCGGGGAGUGUUUGGAUCAAUGAGUUGCCGUUCCCCAGUGUUGAGGCGCAUUUCGGGGGGUGGAAAGAGUCGGGGAUGGGGACUGAGUUUGGGAGGAAUGGGGUGUUGGCUUAUGCUAAUACUAAGGCUAUUCAUACUUUCAAGAGUAUCUGA